AUGGAGUCGAGUGAGUUAGUCGCAAUCAAGAGUUGCGGCGAGGAGAUCAGCCAGCCCCACGACGCUGACUCCGCUUCGACCUCCGCUUCGGGCCCUGGAGAGGAAGCAGUUGAAGUAGAUGAGCAGGUGGAAUAUCUGACUCAACGUCCUGCAAAGUUGAGUUUUGCGGACAUUGUUCCGCGACCUGCAAUUGCUUUCCCAAAGGAGUUGCUCAAUGGCCCAACGUGGCAACCGGAGCCUGACCCAGCCAGCGUGUGUUUCACCUUGGUAGUGGUUCUACAACUCCCUAUUCGCUUGGCGGCGGGCUGGGUUUGUGGAGGGGCCGUUGGGGCCGGUAGCUUGGCGGAGGAGUUAUGCCCUCCUUUCCUCCCAGCUGCAGCAGAACCCGGCGAGCCAUCGCAUAUACCGUCGAUACCCGAGAGGUCGUCGUCCACCCCACCCCCAGGUGGCUCACGUCUUGCUGCCGGUCAAGAGGGCGUUGCCGGAGCAUCAGUGUCUCUCUUGGCUACCUCCCAAGCCCCGAUGGUUUCCAGCGGCAUGCAAGCUGUUUGCCCGUUUCCACUACUGGAUGCUCCCGAUCGGCCUACUGAGAACGAUGAGCUAACUACCAAGAUAGUCAACAGGAAACGCGUCCACUCCGAUCUGAGUGACGAUGAUGCAAGUCGCCCAGUUACCCCCUCCACGAACAAGCGUCGCAACCUGGGCCCUCCCGGCAGCACACCUUUCGCUCGCAGACUGCCGCCACUCUCCCGCCGGCUGUCGACUAAUGCAGCUCCAUACUCAGAGAGGCGUCGCCGGCGCGCGGUGGAGAGCCAAGGUCGAAUCCAUCGAACACUUUUUCGCUUGCCACAGCUCAUCGCCCAGACAGAGGCUGAUCGCCAGGCGGCGGAGACACUCACCCAAUCAGGCCCAUGUCCCCCACCACUACCACAGAUGGACUUCGAAGUUCCAGCGGCGCAGGAGAAGGAGAAAAAGUACAAUGAGAGCUUACAAACUGAGUCUUUAGCACCCCAGGAACCAGCUGCCCCCGAGACUCCUCCCCGAGGCUGGAACAUUCGUGGCCUACUCAACUCCGUGCCUCGCUCUUUCUCACGGUUCAUACCAACUUUCGGACGGUCAUCAUCGCGGAGUGAAUCACCAUCGGCUCCAUCGUCAUCUACACCUAUCACUUCGCAAUUAGCGCCUGUACAAACUAGCCGCACCGCAGCUCCUCAGACGGAGACUGUUACUUCUCGAAGCGAAGAGAGACCUCGACGCCGUCAAAGUGAGCAGCCGCCCAAGAAACGUGCUCGUAACCUCACCUACUCUCUUUUCCCAGCUCCCAUGGACAAGUCCCUUUACCUCGGAGAUAUUCCAAAGACUCCCAGGUCCCUUUCUCAGCCAUCUCUUGUCGAACCACUCCCUGUUGAGCAAAGUACCCAACAGGAAUUGACUGCUCAGAUUGCCACCGAAUCAGAGGCUAAGGUCACUGAGACUGGGGGACGUGAUGUAUUGCAGGAGACUAGUGUGUCUGAACAGAAGAAGCGCAAGCGCUCGCCAUCACCUGAUGUCAUUCCGAACCCUGUUGGCGCAAGCUAUGGAAUGGACUUGGAUUACUUCUGCUACAGCUCUGAAAGUGAUGAUGAGGCAGCGACUCCUCAGCUAUCCGCACCUACACCUGCCGAUGGUCUCGCUAAAGCUGCCAUGCGCAGUGCUCUUCGCUCAGAACGGCCAUCGUCGAAGAAGGUUCGAUUCGACGCUAGCCCUGAGGAUACUCCCUCUAAACUCCGAUAUCGUGCCCGUGCCACCGAUCCUUACCUCGGAAAGCAUUUCAUUGGGAUAGGUAGUGGCUCUCCUGCAUCUGCAUCUGCACCCGCAUCGCCAACACCCACUACGCCUACCCCUUCUACUCGCAUUGAUGAGACCCCUCAGCGACCUCCUGGAUUUAUUCCAAAUACGCAAGGCACAUUCCAACUUGAUUACGACGCAUUCUCAGACGACUCCUCCGAGUCCAGUGGACCAUCGUCUUCCCUGAGCAUUCCUGCUCCUAGCCCCGUUGCGGAGGGAGAGACACGUCCUGCGCCGCAAGUUACUGAACCUGAAAGUUUAUUUUAUUCCAUCAGUGUACUGUCGCCUGCGUCUCGUCGGAUGCCACCCGCUCCUCCAUUGACUCCUGCCAAAGUCGACGAGGAAGCUCUCGCAAAGGCUCGUUCUCAAGCGGAGAAGUACAAGCCAAAGACUCCUAGUGGUCUCCGUACCACAAGUCGGUAUUCUAGUCCUUUAACAAUCACGCCGGACAUCCAGGCCGAAAUAGUGUCCGUUCAGAAGUUCGGCGAUGAUAAAUUCGCCCAAGAUGCCCAGUGGCUUUAUGAAAACUGUCCAUCUGGUGAUCUUCGACAGCUUGCGUGGCCGGCGAAGAAGAGCCUCCAAGAAAGUUUGGGCAUCAGUCAAACUGCUGUCGACAUCGUCAACCAAGUCUGGAAGGAGUCUGAAGUAGACAAAGCCUAUUGUAUUUUCCGGGAGGGCCUGGAAGAGUUCAAAAGGAACAAGACAUAG